AGAGGGAUGAGCAGAGGGGGGGCCUUUGGGAUCUGACCCCGGGCCCGAGGAGGAGAAAAGGGGAGAGGCUUGUUUAAAAGGGGCUACAGCUCUUCAUACCUGCUGACAGUGUCUCCGAGCGGCGCUCGUUGAGCCCACGGCCAUGCCAGACGUAAAGCCUCCACCACCAUGUGACUACCCUUCUACCUCCUCCGCUGCAGCCUCCGCCGGCUCUCCUGCUGGCUGCGCCUCCUGUCUCGACCUCCUCAUAGACAUGGAGCCCUGCAUCGCCAACCUCCCUCUGUCCCCCGACCCCUUGUCCUCCUUCCCCCGACACAGACCCAGCAUCCCUCACUACCCUAGUCUCCAGGAUGCUCCCUUCCCACUCAUGGCCAGGUGUAACAGCAGCACCCUGCUCACUAACUUGGGGCUGAGGUACUGCUCCAGCAGGCAGGGCCCUCUGGGGGUGGGGCUGGGUCAGGGGCCAGCGCUGGGCGUCUGCAACCACACAGGAAGCAACGGCAGCAGGCCUUACAGGAGUAUGGAGAACCUCAACUGGAACACUGUGGCAGAUUCUGGCCUGUGUGCGUUCAGUGCCGCUCCCUACAGGAGUGUCGACAGUGAGUUUAUUUUACGCUACACCUCCACUAGCCACUGGUAUGAUGGGCCUCCAGAUGGAUCUAUGGUGGGGGGCCAUGGAUUUGUACCCAACGAAGAGAGUCUGGCAUUUUACCCUCGACCUGGGCUGCCCAGGAAGGACCUAUCGCUUUUCCCUCAGUUUCUGUUUUCAGGUGGCGUCGAUGAAUGGGAUGCAAGGAAGGGCCUGCGGGAGAAACUCCGCCUCCAGAGUGCACGGUCAUCACUUGAGCCUCUGAGGCCCCUUCCGUUGCGGCCUCAGGUGAUCCCGGGUGCUACACCCAUGGAACGGGAGGGUGUGCAUCACGUCAAUUCAACAGUUACUGGGUCCAGGCCGCUAUGCGCAAUGCGCAUCACCAGCCCCGAGGAGAUCAAACAGGAGGUCCUGAGGCGCCUACAGCUCCGGCGGCAGAACAGCAGCCCCAACUUGGCUCUCCAUAGUUCUCCAUCCAGCCCAAAAGUGGUUAAGACAUCAUAUACAACAGACAACAUUGCAGGUAACAGGCAUGCAUCAGAUUCUGCAUUGGAGCGCCGCAGGCCUCCUGUGGGACGCCUACAUAUCCCUACGUUUGAGGAGUUUAAGAGGAUGAGGCAUAAAGAGGGUGAACCGAGCAAAGAGUCCACAGCAGCUUCUGUGGUAUCUGGAAAAUCUGAAGCUGACUUGUCACAAGAAGCAGGAAUAUCAGACAGUAAGAUUUUGCCUUCUGAUCGGGCCGUCCCUCAGGUCAGCUGUAGUGGAGGAAACCGAGAGCAGCGAGAAGAUUCAGAGGAGCUUGAGGGACAAAUGAGCAGAGGGACCUCAGAGAGACCCCCCUGUAAUACUGUGAGCAGCAACAGCCCUGCAGCUCCCAUCUCCACCUCCGUUACCAGCACAUACUCACCCAUCCGCACAGGCCCGUCUCCACGUUCACCCCUGCAGUCCGUGGCCAGCUCAUCCCAGGAGAAAGCCCCUGCUCCAAGGGGAGAUGAUGGGGGCAGCAGGCGAAGGAGGAGCAGUCUGGAACCAGCUGGGUCAGUUCCUUUCCCACACAGCAGGGAGAAUUGGGGUCGGCCCUCCAGCUGCUGCCCAGCGCUCCUUCUGGAGGGGACGGACCUGUCCAGCUACGGAGCCAAGAUCUAUAAGAUGAAGGAUGGCCUCAUCGGCUCUGCGCUGGACCUCAUCAAGAAGAGCUGCAGUGCAGAGAUUUCCGCCAAGGCCCCCGUCAGGCUGUCAGGUGACCGGGACGGAGGCUGUGACAUCACCACCUCCUUGGCCGACUGUCAGCCAUCUGCCGUUGCCAUGGCAACGGCGACAACGGCCUGCAGAGCCGAGGCUGGCGACGAGACGCCUGCAGGAGGAGGAAGAGAGGAAACAGGAGAAUGCCAGCACACCAGUCUGGGCUGCAGGCGCUCCAGCUCAGACGUAGCCUAUGAGCUGGCUGAGACGGUGAGGGCGCAGCGUGAGUGCCGUCUCCGGCCCCACUACAGCGAUCCCAUGCCAGCCGACGCCUCCAAGCGCAAACAGCUGGAGAUGAAGAUCGCUGCAGCCGCCCGACUCCACGGCCAUCGCAGAGACCGCGACAGAGACAGUGCUCCAGCAGCAAUUCGUGGUCGCUCAGAGCCCCCUGGUGAGGAGCGCCAGGCGGGUCUGGGUGUGACUCGCUCCAGGCAGCAUCGCUGGAGCACCAUCAGCAGCCUGAGCGUCGACAGUGGAGUGGUAGGCCUCAGUGAUGAUCGGGAGGAGGAGGACAACGAGCCUCGCCGUUACCGCAGAAACCGGGGAGCCGAGGUUGAACGCGUGGACAGCGGCAUUGGCCCGGGUCUGUCCCGCACCUGGAAGAGACCAUCUGCCUCUAUCAGAGCCUGGGAGGCCCAGAGACCCUGUCCCGACUGUGGAAUGAGGGACGAGGCCUCCAGAGAGCGAGGAGAGCGCAUGUGUGAACGUUGCUCCAAGCUGCGCACCGAGCGCAAGGAAGCCAUCCUGGAGUUUCUGAACACAGAGUCGAGCUACGGCGAGGACCUGCGGAUCAUCAAGGAGGAGUUUUACUGCCCCAUGCAGAGUGCUGGGCUGUUGACCCCUGAGCAGCUCAUUGUUGUGUUUAGCAACGUACAGGAGCUGAUAGACGUCAACGACCGCUUCACUGAACACCUGCAGGAUAGCAUCGACCAGGCCUUUGACCAGGGAGAUGAGGAUCUUCUCACAGUGUACAUAGGAGAGAUCUUCCUGGAGUUCGUCAACAUGCUGCCCGCAUUCCAGACCUACUGCCUGCAGCAGUCCACCUCGGUCAACUUGCUCAACACACUGGAGAAGGAGAAAGAGCUGCUCAGAAUCUUCCUGGAUGUUUCCCAGAAUGACAACACAGCGCUGCGUCGUAUGAACUUGCGCUCCUUCCUCAUGGCGCCCCUCCAGCGCGUCACUAAAUACCCGCUUCUACUGAGCCGCAUCAUUAAGGUCACUUCCGAAUGCCACCCAGACUAUGCGCGUCUCCGUGAGGCCAAGAGCCGGGUGGAAUCCCAUCUGGAGCACAUCAACAUGAAGACCAAGCAGGAGGGCAAUGGCGUCACCUGGUCCCUCCGCUCGUUCCGCCGCGACAGCCGCAAAAACCGGGAGGUCAUCAACAUUGAGAUGCGAGAGGUGUCGAUGAAGACAGUGGGCUGGGCGAGAGAAAACACACGAUUUGUCAUGGAGGGACCCCUCCAGUUGUCCCAGCCAGCAGAUGGUCAGUGGUUGAAGAAGGGCCCCAAGGCCCUCAAGUUCCAAAAUGUCCAGAGUCUGCUGAUGGUGAGGAUACAGCGAGCCGGUGAAGCCCCGGGACAGGGCACCGACCUGGGGGCACGGGGGGACCAGGGUGAAGGUGGUGGUGACAGCAUUAGAGACGGAGUGCUAGUUAUAAUCAAGGACAAGAGCAGUGGGAAGUUCACAGUGCUGAGAGAGCCCAUCCGUCUGGGAAACUGUGUGGUGUCAACAGAUCCGGACUGUGAGGACACCUUCGAGGUGCUCGAUAUUCGGCGGGAGUCUUUUGUUUUCCGCGCCUCGGACAAAUCUCGCACACAGCAGUGGUUCCAUCAGAUUAAGAGAUACACUCGAGACUUGGGCACCUGGAGAAAAAGACGCAAUGCUUUGCCCAACAUCAUGAUCAACACAAACCAGACCCGCUCCUGAGACUAACCAUGCCCCGCUUUUGUUACACUGUAAAUAACCUGAAUCCUUCUACUGCAAAACUAAACUGGCAACAAGAAGCAUUUGGGAGAAACGGCAUUGUUAGAACAUGUUAGAUUUCAGUAAAAAAAAUCGUUCUCAAAGUAAAAGGAAGAUAUAGCACUUUUUUCUUAUAAAGCUACAAGUGCGCCAUACUGUCAUGAAGUUGUGUGUUAAUAUUCAAGUCGUUAACACUGAAAGAAAAUAUCAGAUUCUUGGAGAACCAAAAAACUUGGGCUGUGCUUGUCAGCCUUGAUUGUAAAGAGUGUUUGCUCUUGGAGAAAGAGAGCUGUGUUUCCGUAAAUAUGGAGUGUGUGUUAAAAAGCAUGACUGAACAUGGCUGACUGCAAAAA